CCAAGGGCAUCUGCCAUCAUGAUCGCUUUCUAGCUACCGGUAGCUUUUCUCCCAAUGAUGUGAAAGUCUCUGCGAACGAGAAACAAUCUUGUUGUUCUUUCCCAGUUCAAGGAAAGAAAGCGGUAGAAGAUCUGUCGUCCUCACAACUCGAAAAUCCUUGGAAUCAACAUCAUGAAGCAAUCUCUGACUUUGACUCUCCUCUUGCAUUGGGGUUCCCAACAUGUUCUUGGAUUUGCCCCUCCCGUCUUUUUGGCCAGUGGCUCUCGCUCCCACUCGUUGAAACCGCUUCAGGAAGCGGUCAAUGGCAAGGCCAACGGCGAAACACCCAAAGAAGACAAGAAGCGCGACCGUUCCAAGCUUAUCGACUCGGAAGACUGGCUGGAUGCUGCCAUCCAAUCCACCUUGGAUAAGGGAGGAUUUGACGACUCCUCAUUUUUGGUUGGUAUCUUGGGAGAUUUGCACAUUGAUCCACGCAAAAUGGACGAAUAUGAAGAGGGACAUGAUCAUUGGGUCCCAAUUUUUGAAAAAGCCAAGGAAGCUCACGGGAAUGUGGCUAUGGUGUCGUUGGGCGACCUGGGAGAGAGCAAGAACUGCGAUCACAAUCCUAGCAAUCCCUCUGAAUUGUUUGCCGGCACUACCCUUUGCCAUGAAAUGGCAGCCGAGUUCCUUAGAUCCUUUGAUGUACCCUAUGAAGUCAUUGGAGGUAACCAUGAUUUGGAAGGAAUUGAUGAAUUUCGAACUGAUCGUCAAAAUCUUGAGGUCUUUAUGAAAGCCCAUGGUAAACCAACCGCUCAGUUCUGCCGAGAAAUCGCAGAUAAAACCCUCUUGGUUGGACUGGGGUCGACUAUCUUUCGAGAAGCACCAUUCACUUCUCACGAAGUUAUCAUUGACCAAGCCCAAAUUGAUUGGUUCGAAAAAUUGCUUCAGGACAAGCCAGCCGAUGAAGGUUGGAAGAUCUUUGUCUUUACACAUGCCCCACCCAACGGAUCGGGCCUUCGUGUCUUGCAAGAGAAUCAUGUUGUCAAUGGAUGCUGCUGGCUCAAUCAUUCCAAUGAAAGGCAAUGCAAAAAGUUCAUUGAACUCGUCAGAGAACACCGUUGCGUCAAGGCAUGGUUCUCUGGCCACUUUCAUUUGGGACAAGAUUAUCAGGAUUCUAUUACGUUCCCCACAAUCCCACGCGAAGAAGGACCUUAUCCUAACAGAGGCUCUUGUGUCUUUGCCCAAACCUCGGUCAUGCGUGGAGGCACCUCUCGUGAUGGUCGACAACAGUCUCGAUUGCUCAGGGGUAACAAAGAUGGAUUCGAGAUUUGCACCGUGGAUCAUGGAAAGGGAGGACAGAUCCGUCUUGAUGCAACCAUCACGUACCGGGAUGACAGCCAUGAAGUGGGUAUCUACAUGCACGAGGACGAAGCUUACGAACACGACAAUUAUUUCAAGGUUUACCAGCCAACAGAGGGUGACCGGGAAUAUUACUGUGGAGCUGAAACGGAUGAAGAAUGUUCCAUUACCGAGGACGAACCCGUCACUAUGGACACUAAGGUUUGGUGGAGGUUGAGCAGUGGGCGAGUCCUGGGUGUCAUGGAUGGAAUGCUUCUGGAGUAUGAUAGUUCGACACUUGCUCCAUUGGGACUGGUCUUGUCUGCUGAAGAGCUCCUUGGGCGUGCAAUUGCUGUUGUCGAUUCCGGCAUCGAUGAUUGUAUCGUUGCAGACGACGACGACGCAAUGGAAACACUAGAAUGCGAUGACUACUACCAAGAGCGAGAACAAGCUGUCAUUGUCCACGACUUGGAGAAGGGAAGCAUCACGGUGGUGCAGCCCAACGAAGACGGAUCGUACUGGAGAAAGAUCGUGAGAAACAAGAUUGCCCGCAUGAAGGAGGUUAGAAGGGUCAAGGCUGCUAUCCAAUACGGAGUGGAGCGACUGUGGCUCGAUGAAACUGAAGCCAAGAAGAGUGUGCAAUCGACUUGGGGCCCUUACACUACCACCUCAGGGAAUGCCUUGUAAUAACCUGGAUAUACAUGUAACGCUUAGUCAGCAGCAAGCAGAAGAUUCGAAGACUUAGCUAUCUUUAGAGAUCUAGUACCAAUCAACAACAUCAACUAGCUAGAUUCGAUUCAAGAAUUUG